ACUUCAAAGUUUUAUAUAAAUAUGACGUGAAUAUACAAUCAAUUUUCGGGUGUUCGAAAUGAUUAAUAAAUAUUGAAAUAUUAACACUUUUGGAAUGUUUAAAAUGAAUUUAUAGAGAAUAUGGGAGUUAUGACCAAUUUAAAUCCUCAGAGCAAUGAGAAAAAUCAAAGAAAAAAAUCAAAUCAAGAAAAGGUUACUCUAGCUUUUAAAAUAUUUAUGACUGGGUCAGUAGCAUCAAUCAUUUGUUCUUUCAUCCUUCAACCACUUGAUGUUAUAAAAACAAGAUUACAGACUCCAGAAUACAAAAAACCAGUGAAACGUGGAAGAAGUAUGUUUAACAUAAUUAAUAUGAUUUAUGAAAUCAAAGAAAAAGAAAAUUUGAGAAUGUUAUGGGCUGGUAUGACGCCUACAUUGGUACGAGGCAUCCCCGCUGGAGGCAUUUAUUUUAUGUCUUACGAUAUAAUAAGAAGUCAAUUUUUUUCAGAAGACCAUAUUAACACUUUUGAAUCCAUAUUUAUUGGCAUGAUGUCUAGAGCCAUCACCGAUAUAUCGGUUAUACCAUUAACAGUCGUCAAAACGAGGAUGGAAAGUGGCGUUCCGGAGUAUAGCUACCCUGGAAUUUUGGCGGGACUAAAAGUAAUAUAUAAGCAAGAAGGAUUCAAAGGAUUAACGUCAGGGUUGCUUCCAAUUUUAGUUCGAGACAUGCCAAUGUCAGGAAUACAUUUGAUGUUCUAUAUUCAAUCAGAAGAACUGGUACCACGGGGUAAACUAACAAUUGGCGUGAUACAUAUCCCUCGCUAGUUCAUUCCAGUUGUGCCGCUCUAGCGGGAAUGUUGGCCGCUGCUCUAACGCAUCCUCCCGAUGUGGUGAAAGCUCACCUACAACUUUCUUCUGGUAAGCAAGGACAUCGAACGACAGGGCAAGCGGUGGCCGAUAUCUGGAAGAAACACGGCGUCUAUGGGUAUUUUCAAGGCCUCGUGCCGAGGCUACUCAAACGGGCUAUUUUCGGGAUGAUUUCGUGGACGUUGUAUGAAAAGGUUAAACAAAUGCAUUAUGAUGAAGUUCAUAAAGAAAAGUAGGUAAAAUAAGUGAAUAAAGAAAUGUACAAUUUUA